UAUUUUAUUAUUUUCUCUGUGCUGUCCUUCACGCCAUAGUUGACCGAAGCCUAAAGUUUUCGAAAGAUAUUAGUGUAACUGAACAUUUAAGCGGAGGCCAAGAUGAACACGGCGCUGAAACACUGGAGAGAGGCGGCGACGGUGAUCUUGGCGGCCGGGCUGAGACAAACACAGAGCGCGGACUUUCUUAAAGCAGGUCUGGAAAAAGUCACUGAUGUAGCGCACAAAUCUGCCUUCGAUUAUCAAGUGCUACUGCUGAAACGCAGCGGUCACAGCGGGUUCAUGCCCAAUGCCUACGUGUUUCCCGGGGGUCUGGUGGAUUCGUCUGACUUCUCCAGCGAGUGGCAGGAGAUCUUUAAAGCCUUCACGGAAGCGCCCAACUAUGGCAUUGGAGUUGUGAAGCAGCCGCUGGCGACCAGGCCACCCAUUUUCGCCACUGACCGAGCGCAGCUGGGAUCUCCGAUCCCGGGAGAUGUAGCUUUCAGGAUAUGUGCGGUGAGAGAGACGUUUGAGGAGUCAGGUUUGCUCCUCGUGGUUCCCAAACACGAGGAAAACGGGAUUCGCGUGCACACAGAUGAUGCUUAUGACAGUGACAUCCAGCCAACCCUGACCAGGUUGAGCGGACUGUGGAAUAAAGACGUGCUGUCAAAGUGGAGAUCUCUGGUUAUUGGUAACUCGUCGAAUUUUAUUAAGAUGUGCAGGGAGUUGCAGUGUCUGCCCAACAUCUGGGCUCUGCAUGAAUGGGGGAACUGGCUAACACCCAUAGGCGUGCACGGCAAAAAGAGGCGCUACGACACAGCAUUUUACAUCUGCUGCCUACACGAGACUCCAUAUACGCUUCACGACGACAAGGAAAUCGUUCAUUUUAAGUGGUCCACUCCCUCAGAAGUGCUACACAGCUACAAAUCAAAAGAAAUUUGGAUAGCUCCACCUCAGUUCUACGACCUUGGCCGAAUGUGCCAUUUUUCAGCUCUUAGAGAUCUCCAUCGCUUUGCCUGGCAGAGGUCUUUGGAGGGCUGCGAGCAGUGGCUGCCUAUUCACCUGGUGUCACCUGACUGCUUUGCAAGUAUUUUACCAGGGGACGCUCUGUACCCAGAGAAUGUGGACACUUCUGGAAUGAGUGGUGGCGUGACGAAAAUUGAGAAAAGUUUUGAAGAGCUCCAGCAGGACAGUGCAAAGAUGCACCGCAUUGUCGGUCAGGAUCCAUAUUCAAUAUCUGUCCAUAUGAACAUCAGACCUAAGUAUAACCACCUGCCUCCUCUCUGCGGUGAAGAUAUGGGUGGCACCUCCAAAAACAGUAGUAAACUCUGACACUUACCUGUCGCUACCCACAGUGGCAGGACUGAUGGACAUUAAGUCUAGAUGAAUUUUUAAUUAGUUCAUUUCUACACACUGAUUUAACCCUUGACCUAUGCAAUGUAGUUUGAUUAUAUGGUCCCUUUAACUUAUGUUAAAGAAAAUACAAAAUGACUACUUUGUUGAUGUGAUGUCUGUUAAUGUAUUUUUGAAAUUGAUCAUGAACUCUUUUAAAGAAGAUUGUUCUGGUUCUUGACUAUAUUGUAAUACAACACAGUAUAGGUCAUAUUAUACAAACAAUUUCAAAAAGUUUUCAAGCUUGAAUAUAGCUAUUAUCGGCACAUUUGUUCUUCAUUAUUGCAGAUGAGAUGGUAAAGGGAAACGGUUACUGAACCAGUCUACAUCGCUCAGUCAGCUUUGAGUUUGCAGAAUACAGGACUCUUAAAAACCUGAAAAGGGUAGUGUACAAAUAGUAUAAUUUUUCUGAUUACUUAUAUGCUAGCCAUAGACCAACUAAUUACAAUGAAUUUGACUGUAGCCACUAUUGCAAACUUAAUAUUGGCCAGAAUUAACACCCUAGAUUUAAAUGUUUAAGUACAAUGAAAAGUGAAUCAAGAAUUAUUUGAUGGAAAAAAUAACAAAAACAAAAGCAUGUGCAUUUCUAGCAUUUUUAAAUUGAGAAAACAAAUGAAUUCAGACACAAUGUGUGUGAAUCUUUUCAAACAGUUUAAUCAUACAUAAACUAAAGAUAAACUACCAGAUGACUGUUCGUAUGUGUCCACUUUGCUAGAUUUCUGUAGAGACAGUAGCAUGAAAUCCUGAACCAACUUAAUACAACACACUUGUUUGACAUCUAAUAAAUUCUGCACUCUCUACACUUCCAAUGAAAACCACACAACUUGAAUGACAAAACGACAAAAAAAAAAAAAAAAAAAAAAAACAUCUUCCGUUAAAGGCUGUUUUGUGGAGUUGAUUAUUUUUGUUUGUGGUUUGGUUAUUUUGUACAGGUUGAUGUUUGGUCAUGGUGUUACAGUCUACAUGCUUCUACUUACUGGGACUUACAUUGUGAAACAACUUAUGAAGUAGAAAAGGCAAAAUCUGUACAAAUCUUAAAUGUUAAAUACAAUCACUCUGUACCAGUAAUGACAAACAUCCCACAGGAAAUUUUCUCAGAAUACAUAUAAACUCACAAAACAGCAGCUUAAAAUCUAAAUAGAAAACAACCACCUCAACUCCCAAUUAGAUUAAUCUUUCAGAAUACAUCUUAAAAAAAAAAAGAAAAAAAAAAAAAAUAUUGUAGCUCUUCAUCCAUGGAGACAUGUUGGACAUUAGAGGGUUGCCUCCCAAACUAAAGGUUUAGGGGGCAAAGCUGCAGUUGAGCUCUACCAAUCAGUCCAGAAUUCCAGAACUUCACAACUUGUACAGAUGCCAGUAUAGGGAAAAAAAAAAAAAAAAAAAAAAAAUGCCUGCAAGCUGAGUGUAAAACAGACCAACUGUAUGGUUAUAACAAAUUAUUAACUGAACAACAUCUUAAGAAGAGCAUGUGUUUUUGCUGUUGUAGGCACAAUCAUUUAUAUCUAAGGACUCAUUUAAAAACCACUUCAAUUUGUGUAACAAGUUUACAUUAAAAUCUCACUUUAACCCAUAACCUAAACACACAUUGUAUUGUUUUUUUUAAAUCAUAAACCAUCAAAAUGAGACCACAUGUCAUUGUAGCAGGAGCCAUGAACAUGAUGUGAAUCAUACUGCAAAUGUAACCAACAGCAACAUGCAAAACUUUUGGCACCACUUUAUUCAUCUUGACUUUUUGAAACAGAACUAGAUCACAUUUUGCUGAGGAUUUCAGUGCACUUACAAAACAAACAAAAAAAAAAAAAAAACAUGCAUGCUUAAUAUUUACCUGUGACAAGAAAUUCAACUCUGCUCAUUCUAUGCAUUAUUUCAGACUAAUCCUGAUUUUCACACAAUAAGGAAAUGAAAAACAUGUGCCUAUGUUGGCUCGACACACAAAGAAGAAAAAGGCAAUUCAAGUGUCUAUUGUAAUGUCACUCUGUUAAUAAAAACUCCCAAAAUUACAUCAUGCCAACUAACCUAACACAAAAUUACAAAGUUUAUCCUCAAUUUCAGCAAAAUGUGACGAAAACAUCCUCUAAAAGGUUUAGAACUAACAAGUGAGAGAAAGGGAAACACACCCACACUUGAACACACAAAAGUGAUUCUAUAAACUGAAUGGCUGCUUUGAGGAAAAAAAAAAAAAAAAAAAAAAAAAUACAAUUAGAAGCGCUAGGAAGACUGCUUAAAACAAUAAAAAUCGAUAAAGAAAAAUCUGAAAAAUUAAACAAUGAAAAUUAAAAGCUUCUGCAAAAAUCUAGUGGUUAUGUUUGUACGUUCUAGAAAAAUAGACUCUUUGCUCUGAACAAUUUUCAUGAAACUUUUUACACUUUUAGCAGUCUUUCUAACGCUCCCUAUUGGCAGCACAAAUGACAGAAAUGAACAUCACACAAAGAAACAAACAAUAAGUAAUCAAUAAGCGUCAAAAGUUAACAAAAAGGUCAAGUGUGAAAUUUCAAGCGUCAGAGAAGCGAAGAGGACAACGGACUGGACGAUGAACUUUUGACGUCACAUCGACAUGCUAGGCAAACGAUGACAAACGGGCACGAAGAUAUC